AUGCUGAAACAGAGCGAGAGGAGGCGGUCUUGGGGCCACAGGACCUGGAAUCCUCCAGAGGGCGAGGACGCACCCCAGGCUGGGGACAGGCAGCCCCGCAGGAGCAUCUGUUCGGUGGGCGGGCGCUUGGGCUCCCAGGGCAGCAUCCCCACAUGGACCGAGGGCAACUACAACUACUACAUCGAGGAGGAAGAUGACAAGGAAGAUGACGGUGAGGAGGGUGGCCCCUGGAAGGACAAGCUGGCCCCAGAGGCCGGCAGUGCCCAGGCCAGCGGCCAGACCGAUGCACCCUCCCUGCCCGCCACCCUGAAGGUGAACGUGGGCGGCCACAGCUACCAGCUGGACGUGAGCGAGCUAACCUGCUACCCCAAGACGCGCCUGGGCCGCCUGGUCACCUCGCUCAGCCGCAGCCGUCAGCUGGGCCUGUGUGAUGACUACGAGGCGGGCACUGAUGAGUACUUCUUUGACCGGGACCCAGCCGUCUUCCAGCUCGUGUCCAACUUCUACGCGUCCGGGCUGCUCCUGGUGCGCGACGAGCUGUGUCCCCGCAGCUUCCUGGAGGAGCUGGGCUACUGGGGCGUGCGGCUCAAGUACACGCCGCGCUGCUGCCGAAUCUGCUUCGAGGAGCGACGGGACGAGCUCGCGGAACAGCUGAAGAUCCAGCGCGAGCUGCGCGCCCAGGCGCACGCCGAGGCGGCCGAGGAGCCCUGCCACCACGUGCGUUUCUGCGGCCCGCUGCGCCGCCGCCUCUGGAACCUGCUGGAGAAGCCUUUCUCGUCGGUGGCCGCCAAGGCCGUCGGCGUCGCCUCCAGCCUCUUCGUGCUGGUCUCCGUGGUGGCACUGGCGCUGAACUCCGUGGAGGAGAUGCGCCCGGCGGAGGGGGGCGGCGAGGCACGGCCACUGCUGGAGCACGUGGAGCUGCUGUGCAUGGCCUUCUUCACGCUCGAGUACCUGCUGCGCCUGCUCUCCACGCCCGACCUGCGCGCCUUCGCGCGCGGCGCCCUCAACCUGGUCGACCUGGUGGCUGUCCUGCCCUUCUACCUGCAGCUGCUGCUCGAGGGCAUCGCGGGCGAGGAGGGCCAGGGCGCGGCGCGGGAGCACGACCUGGAGACAGUGGGCCGCGUGGGUAAGGUGGGCCAGGUGCUGCGCAUCAUGCGCCUGAUGCGCAUCUUUCGCAUCCUCAAGCUGGCGCGCCACUCCACAGGCCUGCGCGCCUUCGGCUUCACCCUGCGCCAGUGCUACCAGCAGGUGGGCUGCCUGGUGCUCUUCAUCACCAUGGGCAUCUUCACCUUCUCGGCCGCCGUCUACUCCGUGGAACACGACGUGCCGGGCACCAACUUCACCAGCAUCCCCCACUCGUGGUGGUGGGCCGCGGUGAGCAUCUCCACCGUGGGCUACGGAGACAUGUGCCCCGAGACCCACCUGGGCCGGCUCUUCGCCUUCCUCUGCAUUGCCUUCGGGGUCAUCCUCAACGGGAUGCCCAUCUCCAUCCUCUACAACAAGUUCUCCGACUACUACAGCAAGCUCAAGGCCUACGAGUACACGGCCAUCCGGAGGGAGCGGGGCAAGGUGCAGUUCCUGCGGAGGGCCACCAAGAAGAUGUCCGAAUGCUGGGCCCAGAGCAGCUCCUCCCCUCUCCCCGAGCAAGAGCACCGAACCUCAGUGGGAUGA